AUGCAAUUUCUUAAGGCCGCAUAUGAAAUUAACCCACUCAGUGUGAGGGGUGUAGUGGUUGCUGAGAAUAGUGUUGUUAAUGAAUUUAAUUUGAUUUUAACGGAGGUUGAUAUAUCAACGUCAUUAGACAAAGUACGGGAAUAUUUAACUCGAAAUGAUUUAGUGUUAAUUGGUCGACAAAACUCAAAUUUUCGAAAUAGAUUUGAAUAUAAAAUACCAUUCGUUGAUGAAAAUGAAUAUAAAUUAAAGGAUAUUUUAGUUCCAACCGAUGGAACAGGUGAAGCCGAUAUGUCUUUUUCAUUCUUUAUUGAAAAAGACUUGACAAGGCCCGGUUUUCCUGAAAUUGUGAGAAACCUUAAUCUAACUAGGGGGUAUAAAACAAAAGAUGAUGCUACUGUUCAAGCAAAUAAAAGUGCAUUCCGGAUUAAGAAUUUGCAUUUAAUGAUGGUUAUAACCCAUCAAAACCUUGAAGAAAUUGAAGAUAAUAACGGAAAGUUCCUUUGUUGUGAAAAAGGCACAAUUAGAUUAUUACCGGGAGAUUUAGAAGCGACCGAAGAAUACAUUGAAGCUAUUGAAGAUGCCUUAAAUGAAGAUAUACAUGAAGAUAGAAGAGAAGCUCUUCAUAGAGUGGGUAAAGUGUAUGGGUUUUUCUGGCCAAAGGAGAUCAUUUUGGGUGGGAAAUUUCAAUUUGAUGAAAAACCCGAUACAACCGAUACUGAAGAGCUGGAAAGAUUAAAACAUUUUACCAAUUGGAGGAUUAUUAAUCAAAGGGAUUUAAUACCAUUAUAUAUGUUAUUGCCAGAGAGGCUUAUUUCAAGGAUAAAGGAGGUUAAUGGAAUGAAACGAUUAUAUUACGAUAGUUUAUCCGUUCAUAUUCCAAGAGGCAAGACUACU